AUGAAUUUUGUGGAGAGCCUUACCAAUCGCUGCCUGUUGGGCAUUUACUGGACGAUGGGCUUACUGCCCCUACCGCCGGUAUCCGAGCUAUUGUUGUUGCUGCUCUCUUUGCUUAUACGUUGCAUUUGGUUGUGCUAUUUUCUGGUUAAUAUCUGGAUCGGUUGCGGUUACCUAUGGAUGGAAUCUAAACUGAGCAUUGGUUUUGCUACCGGUACGGCUGUCUUUAUAGGGAACGCACUGCUGAGUUUGCUCAUCCAAGUAGAGAGCAUGUGGAAACAUCACACACACGAACGCCUGGAGAAUUUGAGAUUUCAAUUGAAACUACAGAUGCAGCGUCUUGGAAUGUCUCGCAGUUGUCGUCGUUCAGUGCAUCUCCUCCUGCUGCUGGGCACACAGCUCGCCUGUGAGAUAUUCAAAUCUUUGGUGAAUGCCCAUUCUCAAACCUCUCCAGUGCAUUAUAAAUCAAUGGCACAAAUGUGGCUGUUGCGCACUCGCUACAUCCAACUACUCGGCCAACUCAUUGAGUUGAAUCAACGUACUCUGCAAUUACGUCACUCACUGCUGGGGUUGGCUGCCGGCAAUGAUAUCUGGCAACCCUAUGCAGUUGAGGACUGGAAACAGUUGGAAACACUGUGCAUGAGCUACGAUCGCAUCUACGAGAGCUACGAGGCAUUCAACGAUUGCUACGGCUGGGGCAUACUAGGGCUGCAGUUGACUUGCGGCUUGGAGUUCGUCGCCAAUGCGUACUGGACCAUCACAGAGGUAUAUGCAGAGCAGCGUAUCUAUAUGGUUGUCUACAAUGGCACUACAUGCCUUGCCAUGGGCACACUUAUCAUAGCACUCUUCUGGUACGGCGAUGCGAGUGACAAAAAUAGUCGCCAGAUUGGCUGUCUGAUUCCUAAGCUGGUCAAACCUCUGGGCAGCAAGCGCUACAAUGAUUUGGUCAGCGAAUUUCUCCUGCAGGCUCUGCAUCAACGCUUUGUGGUGAAUGCCAAGCACUUUUUUAGCCUCAAUUUGCAACUCUUGAGUAGUAUGUUUGCCGCUGUGCUCACCUACCUGGUCAUACUUAUACAGUUUAAGUUUUCUGAGAAAAGCUCGCAGAUUGCAGACAUGCCGGCGAAUACACAGAUUCAAGAGAUCUAA